AUGCUGCGCAUUGUUGCCGUGCCUGCCUUUGUUCGUCUCUCUCUCUCUCUCUCUCUCUUUCUCUUUCUCUUCCCAUCGACAUCCACCAACCAACUAACAUCCAUCCCGCUCCUAGUGUUGACAUCCCUUCUCGACUUCAUUUCGACUUGCCCAACAGCACACAUUAGGUUCGCCUUUGUCGUCCUCGCUACCACAACUCACUUGUCCUGCAUUGCGGUUCUCUCAGUUCGCAUCCAAUCAUUCGCAGAGUUAGAUUUGUUUGCUCUGUUCUCUCUUCUAUCUCAACCACUUCUUCACCAAAGAUACUCCUGUUCUCUAGGGCUCUCUUCCAGCGAGUCCCAGAGCCGUCACGGAGUGUCUUCAAAGUCUGUCACCAUUUCAGAUCAACAAGCCCGCCAAAACUCUUUCCAGCCCCCUUUGUCACGCAAACGACCCGUGACAGAGGCAGACUCCAGUACUUCGGCCCAUUCAGAGUCGCUUGCGGAAUCCAACAAACCCGCUCAGGCGGCCGCUGCUGCUGGCCCCUCCCCUUCUCCCAAGAGGGCGCGUUUUGAGGACACAAGCAGUGGUAUCCUCUUUUCCGCCUCCGCCUCUGGCUCCAUCGCCUCGGCCGCUGCUGCCUCGGUACCUCUCACUCCCUACUACGAAUCGGUGCCACCCCAUUACACGCCCUUGCCACCGACUCGCGCCAUCUCUUCACCCCGUGCUUCCGUAGCGCCGCGAUCCGGUAGCAGUCUAAGUUUCCAGAACAUCCCCGCCAGUGGUCUAGGUGCUGCUCACAGUGAUCCUAACUCGCCUUCCACUUCCAGCAACAGCGCAGCUCCGCGUCGAUCCAACGCGCCAGCUUACAGCGCAGCUUCCACUCCAGUUAGCUUGGUCCCCUUCCCACAAGGUUCCUCCUACUUCUCCGAUUCCUCAUCUGUCAGAAUGUUUGAUCUCGACGAGUCCGUUCGGGCGCUCUACUUUGCGCCCACCCCGAUCCUUGUGCUCGAUCACAACAGGAGAAUUCGCAUGAUGAAUCGCCCGUGCGAGAGCAUCUUCCUGAUGACCGGCGUAAGCUGUAUGGGUCAGACCAUGGAGAAGUUGGUUGCUGAUAAGCAUCGAGGCGAGUUUACCACUGCGCUUAAUGAAGCCGCACAGGUCAGAGCAACCGCCGCUUGGGCACCGCCCGUUUUGACUCGCCUCACAUUCUUGCAGGACGACCAAAAGAUGUUCUCGGCAGACAUGUCGAUAUCCGCAUGGCAUCCCACCGACGAAGUCUUCUCUGAAGUGUUUAACAGCCACUAUGUCAAGAACAUGAAUACCGAGACUGACAAGCAAGCCUGGCCACAGGAACAGGGCAUCACGCCCAUCACCUCGCAUCCACAACCUCACCGCACCGACUCCAUGGAGACGCGUAGCACCUCCUCGCUGCUCCCUCACGAAUCCUACUUCACUAUCAGCAUUGUACCCACCCGUAUGGCUGAAAGACGCAUGAGUCCCGCAGACUUGCACCUCAAUAAGGUCGACCAGCUCAAAGAGGCCGUCUUCCACACCAUCGAAACCCCACUCAUGGCCUUGUCUGCUGAUGGCUCCACCGUCAUCCGCAACCGCGCUUGUGACGAGGUGCUCAAGAACUUUGAGAAGAAGAAUCCCCAGGACAAACCCCAAAAGGAGUUGCCCAAGCCCAAGAAGGAAGACGUCGAAGUCGACCUUUCUUGGCUUUCUGAUGUCAUGGAAUGCUACACUGAAGACUUCAGCGAGCCGUUCCCAGAACAGGACUGGCCCAUCUACCGAGCUGCCAUUCUUGGCCAAUUUACCAAGCCUAUUCGAAUCGGUUGCAUGGCUACCGACACCGGCGCACGCAAGGUCUACGAGAUCAGUGCCAAGCCAAUGCGUGACGCCGGAGGUUUCGGAGAGCACAUUGGUGGAGUCAUCACACUUGUCGACGUCACCGAUCAGGACACAAAGCACAAGCUCGAGGUCGAGAAGAAGGGUGAAGAAUAUUUCCGAACCAUCUGUGACAGCAUGCCCCAGCUGCUGUGGACCACAAGACCUGACGGUCAUCACGAUUGGUACAACGAGGGCUGGUACCGCUACACAGGUCUUGAUCCCAACGACUCUUCCGGUGUUGGCUGGCAGCGCGUGUUCCACGAAGAUGAUAUGGUCGAGACCAACAAGCGCUGGUCCCACUCGCUGCGCACUGGCGAGCCCUACCAGACCAUGUACCGAUGCAGGAGAUACGACGGCAUGUACAAGUGGAUGCUUGGCCGAGCGCUGCCUCUCCGCGACCAGUCUACGGGCAAGAUCAUCAAAUGGUACGGUAGUUGCACCGAUUGUGACAACGAGGUCAAGGCGCUCGAGGCUUCUCGCAAAUCGCAGGCCCAGCUUACGAGCGUCAUCAACCAUGCACACGUCACCAUCUGGUCCAUUGAUCGAGAUGCCAUUAUCACCAUUGCCGAGGGUCCCGGUGUUCGUACGCUUCGCCUUGCUCCUGGCACACCUAAUGGAUCGGAUGGCUCCGGCUCCGGCUCCGGCUCCGGCUCUGGCAACUCGAUGUCUGGCUCCCUCUCCGCCACCGGCACUGCCAAUGCACGCAGCGAGGAUAUCAAGGAUGCCGAAUCCCAGACCAACAGUCAGAGCGCAGUCAGCGGUCAUGGCAAGCGCAGCAACCAGCGCACCAUGAUCGGUCGCAGCAUCUAUGAGGUCUGGGACUCGCCUGGUAUUCGCGAAGCGAUCAGCCGUGCUCUCAACGGCGAGUCUGUUGUCCAGGAGAUGGAGAUCGAAGGUCGCUGGUUCCGCACACAAUACACGCCCCAGCGCGAGGAGUCGUACGAGCAUGAUGCAAACGAGGGCCCCAUCAUUGGUGUCGUGGGUGCGUCCAUGGACAUCACUGAUCGCCGACGCGCUGAACUCAAGCUCGAGGAGUCGAUGCAUGAGCGUUCGCGAGCUCUCGCCGCUGAGACAGCUGCUAAGGAAGCCAGUCGCAUCAAGUCCGAGUUCUUGGCCAAUAUGAGUCACGAGAUCCGAACACCCAUUGCUGGUGUCAUUGGCCUGUCGGAGCUGCUCUGCGACACCCCGCUGUCCAAGGAGCAACGAGAUUUUGCCGAAAACAUUCAGCGAUCUGCCGAUGCUCUGCUAACGGUGAUCAACGACAUCCUCGAUUUCGAGAAGCUUGAACUCGGCAAGAUGGAUCUCGAGAAGGCUGCUUUCAACCUCAACGUGGUCAUCAUGGAUACGCAAAAGAUGCUUACCUUUGCAACCCAGAAGAAGGGUCUCGAGUUCCGCAACGAAUGUCAGCUCAACUACACUGGCCAAAUAACAGGUGAUGCAGGCAGGUUGCGGCAGGUGCUUACCAACUUGCUCACCAACGCAAUCAAGUUCACAGCCGUAGGCUCCAUCACUCUUCGCGUCAUCGAGACCUACGAGGAUGAGAAGAGUCUCCACGUUCACUUUGAAGUGCGCGACACCGGUUGCGGUAUCUCGCAGAUGACGCUCAAGAAGCUCUUCCAGCCAUUCAGUCAGGCCGAUCCAUCCUUUGCCCGUCGCUUCGGCGGUACUGGUCUGGGUCUGUCGAUCUGCAAGAACCUGGUCGAUCUCAUGGGGGGCACCAUCGGUCUCGAGUCGGUGGAGAACAAGGGCUCGAACGCAUGGUUCAGCAUUCCCUUCGAGAAGGUGCGAUCGAGCGAAUCGAGCGGCGACUCGUCGCCGGAUGAGGAGGCAAUCCCAGAAGUGCAGAUGGACGAAGCGACCAGCAGCCUUGGUGUCAGCGAGAACCCACUGCAGCGACCCAGGAAGGAUAUCUGGAUCUUGGUCGCUGAGGACAACCUCAUCAAUGCUCAGAUUGCGCUCAAGACGCUCAAGAAGAUGGGUUUUAGCUGCAAGGUUGCCAAGGAUGGUCUCGAGGCCAUUGAGGAGGUCGGCAAGCAUCCAUACGACUUGAUCCUCAUGGAUUGCCACAUGCCCAACUGCGAUGGCUACGAGGCCACAAAGCGAUUGCGCAAGUCGAACAGCGUCGACGUUCGCACGACUCCAAUCAUCGCUAUGACGGCUUCGGCCAUUCGUGGUGAUCGUGAGAAGUGUCUUGCCGCUGGCAUGUCCGAUUACCUUUCCAAGCCGGUCAAGAGUGUCGCGCUGGAGACGACCCUGGUCAAGUGGCUGUUCGACCCUUCGACCCGACAGAGUCUCUCGAGGUACGUUGCUGCACCCUCUCAUGGCGACUACUUUGGUCUCAAGAAGCCUGAAGGUGGACUCGAAGUGACGAUCCCAGCGCCCGGUCAACCAGGAUCUCUGCCUCAGCUGAUUGAGCGAGACUCGACCGAGACUGUGAUGGGCCCUCGCUCGAUCCAGUCGGGACGCCGUGGCUCCUUGAACCCGAUCUCGGAACGCGAGAAGGUAGCAGCCGAGAUCGCUGCAACCCCUUCACCCGUUGUGGCGUCUCAAUUAUCGCAGUCGUCGUACUCGGUAGCAUUCGCCGGCUUGGAUGAAAAGGACGGCAACAGCCUCGAAGAGCUGACUGCCGAGGGCUCGAACCCAACCUCUCGCGCCGAGAGCGACGAUGAUGUCUCCUCUGACGCUAGAGUCUCUUCCAAACCUAGCAAGAACAGCAAGCGUAGGCUCUUACGGCAUGGCCCUGUCAAGGUGAAGGCCAACGAUCCCAUGCCUGCCAAGUUCAAGCCUGCACCCAAGGUUCUCUCGGCUCCCGAGCUGGCGUUGGCGGAUAAGCCACCUAUUUUCAUUCGUCGUUCGUCGCGCGAACAAGGCGGUCUUGGACGUGAUUUGGAGGGUGAGGUUGUCCGAGCGAUGGAAGAUGGCCGCGAAGGAUCCUCGCUCGGUGUUUCGAUGGAGGAGGCGGCCGAAGAUGGUGCUGAGGCCAUUGCUGAAGACAAGUCCGCCUCGACACGUAUUCAAACAUAA